UUUGAUUGAUUGAUCAUCAGCAACAAAAGCACCAACAAGUCAGCCAACCGACAAACAUCUGUCGCAUACGUCGCAGCAGCAACAGCAUUACCAUUUUUGUGUUUUUGUCCAACUUGAGGAGUGACAUUCAUUCCUUGGAGCAUCGAAGCGAGCAUUACUUUAUGGAAAUUAGCUGAUACAACAGUUAGGAGGAAAUUGAGAAAGGCAUAGAGAUUUCGAAAUUGAAAGCAACAACAGCAAAAAGAACAGCAGCAGAAAACAAAGCAAAAGAACAGAACCCAGCGGUACUCAAGAAUAUAAAUUUGCAUUAUUAUUUGUUUUGGAUUGAUUGAACUAAAAAAGGGAACACAAAACAUAUACAAAACGACGUUUAGUUCAUACAUAUUUUUUAUAAAUUGAAUUGAGCUAGAAAAACGACAAAAUUCCUCAAAGUAAAUACAAUCCAAAAUUAAAUUAAAACAAAACAAAACACUGAAAAAGACAAACAGCUGGGACCCAUUCUUGCUCUUCUACACUUUUUUGCAAUAUCCAACAAUUGUAUCACGCCAAGUUUUUUGAUCUCUUACGCCAACCAAGCAACCACUACUACCCUCCUCACGUGAAGAAAAUAUAUAUAGAAUUUUUAUUAUAAAAGAAAAACAAGAAGAAGAAGAAGCAAAAAGUUCACAUCACUAACUCAACAACAACAACAAAAUUAGAAACAACAAAUUACCUUUUUAACCGCAUUAAGAAUUUCGCUGGGCGAAGAAUUACUGCAAUUUAACUAAAUUAACAAAACAAAAAAAUAUAUCAGCAGCGUAAAUAACAACAGCAACUGCAACCACCACAACACACCAAAACCAAAACAAAGCAAUGGAACGUGAAUCAAAUCCGAUGCAACCUAUGUGCCGCUCCGGUUGCGGCUUCUAUGGCAAUCCAGCCACAGAUGGUUUGUGCUCAGUUUGUUACAAGGACUCCUUAAGAAAAAAGCAACAACCACCUGUUGGCAGCACUCCCGUAUCAGUUCCAAGCCCACAACCAAGUCCCACAUUUAGUCCAGCCAUUACAAUACCUUCAGCCGCACAGCCAACAGUACAGAGUUUACAACAGCAACACAAUGAAAUUAAAGAUAAAAUAAAUGAAGAAAAUUCAGCCAAAACUAGCAGCGAAACAGCCGCAUCCGCCGGUCCAUCAACUUCCACCGAACCAGCCGAAGAAGAUAAAGACAAGGAAGAUGACAAAGAUUCUAAAAAGAAAAAGAACCGUUGCUCCGAAUGUCGCAAGAAAGUGGGCUUGACAGGUUUCCUUUGCCGAUGCGGUGGUCUUUACUGUGCUGUCCAUCGAUACAGCGAUAAGCACAACUGCACAUUUGAUUAUCGGGAACACGGAGCCCAAGAGAUCAGACGCAAUAAUCCGGUAGUCGUUGGCGAGAAAAUACAAAAAAUUUGAACUUUUGUGCCAUCAUCUUUAAACCACUUUAUAAUAAUAAUAUAAUUCUUAUACAUACAUCUAUAUAUAAAUAUAAAAAAGAAGGAAGGAAAAACAAAAACAACAGAAAACACAAAAACUUAUAAAUAUUAAAUAUACAUAUAAUAAAAAUAUAUUAAAUAAUACUGAAAGCAAAAAACGGAGAAAAAUACAAAAACAACAACAAACACUAAAAGAAGAAACAGAAACAACUAAUUUAAAGAUAAAAAAAAGAAAAAAAUUAAAAAAAAAACUGGAAAAUUAUACAUGAAAAAAUACCCCCUGCAAUAGCUCUCCUACUCCACCACACAACAAGCCAGCAAACAACCAUAGCCACCACCACAACCAUUACUUCUCUAUACACACACAAGCAGACGACACACACACAUAAUUUUUUAUAUUUAAUAAUUAAAAUUGAUUGAAGUUUCUUAUUUUGUUUUAUUUAAAAGAAAAAAAAUCAAGAAGAAAAUAACCAAAAAGAAAAAUAAUUAAGUUGUCUUCUCUAAAUAAAUUUUUUAAUGGAAUAAUGUUUAGUUUUCAUUUGCAAUCCAAACAAAAACACAUACAACACAAACGCCUAAAACCAUUAUUACACCUCCUACCAAUCUACCUACCUACCUACAUAUAUAAAUAUAUUUGCAAUUAGCGUUUUUUCUGUAGUAGAAUUUUUUUGCUUUAGUUUUCAUUAUUACUAUUAUUAUUUUUUUGUUUUUAAUUAUAUAUAAAAAAAUAAACAAUUUCAACAAAUAUCGAAAAGGGAAAACAACAUAUAUAUUUUUAUUUUUUAUUAUUAUAAUUAUUAUGAUUUUUUUCUUGUAUAGAACCAAGUUAGAGUAAUACAUUACAUAGAAACAAACAAACACACACACAUUUUAAGGGAUAAAAUUAAUAAUAAUAAUAUAUGAGAAAAAUUUAAUAUUUAAGACGUUAAUAUUUUUUUCUUUCUUAUAUAUACAUAUAAUUAGUAGGAUAUUCUAUAAACAAAAGCAAAUUCUCUAUACUUGUUCUCUACACCAUUUUCAGAUGUUAUACACUAAAACGAUAUUUCACAAAUAAAAUUUCGAAAAAUUUUCCCAAUAAACUGCUGCGGUUAUUUUUUUUUAAUUGAAAUGUGAAGAUCUAUUUUUAUUUCAACAAAUUUCUUUGGUGAUUUUGUAAAAGAAAGUAAAAAAAAUAACGUAAAUGAUAAAAAUUUCAUUUUUUUUUAAAGUUGUGAAAAUCUAUAAAUUUUGGGAAAUUUUCUUAAAAAUUUAUAGAAUUUCAAUCUAAAUAAAUUGCUAUGGAAUUUUGGAAAUUAGGGAUUGCCAGUAAAUAUUUGAAAUUGUGAAAUUAAACAAAAAAAAUGUUCUUCAAUUUUAAUAGAUUUGCUGCAGUGCUUCUACCCAAUAUCAAGUAAUUGUUGUUCAGUUGGCCAUCUUUUGAGAAUUGAAGUUUAAUUUAAAUGUUACACAACAAACUUUGCUGUAGAAGUUUCUUUGCCAGGAUUUCCAAGUCCUCUCAAAGUGAUGCCGAACUUUUGUCGGGAAAUAUGAUGGAAAUUAGAUUUCGAUACUCAAAUAUUUCAAAAUAAAUAUAUGCAAAACAAAAUAAAUCCUUUUUACUUCAUCUAUUUAAUAAAUCCCAUAUUGCUAUUUUGUUUAAUAUCGAAAUGGUUUCAAAUAUGGAUUCUGGCUACCUUGUUAUUUUGGAAAUUUGAACAAACUUCGAUUUUUAAGGUUUCAAGUGAAUUUGUAAUGAAUUACUCAAAUUUAAGUUCAAAUUCAUUCUUCAAAUAAGUUGUCGUCCAAGCCAAGUAAUUUUAAUUUUAACGAGAAACCCUGUUUGGAUUUCAAUUGGAUAACUCCAAAUAAAUCCUUUUAACUUCAUCUACUUAAAAAAAAACCCACAUUGCUAUUUUGUUUAAUAUCGAAAUGGUUUCAAAUAUGGAUUCUGGCUACCACCUUUAUUGCCAAUUGUUAUUUUCGAAAUUUGAACAAACUUCGAUUUUUAAGAUUUCAAGUGUAGUUUGUAAUGAAUUACCAAGCCAAGUAAUAAUUUUUAUCGAGAAAACCCUGUUUGUAUUUCGAGUGGAUAACAACUCCAAGUGUACCCAAACCGCUGCAUAUUCAUUUUAAAACUCGAAAUAAAUAUACGCCAAAAUCCAAUUUUUGAUUCAAACUAUUUUAAAAUCCCUUUGGAAAAAUUGUAUAAUCAAAAAAAAUAUUCUGGAAACAUUCGUUCGAAUUAUUUAAAUUCAACUUCAAUAUCUAAAACUUUCAUAACUUUCAAAUCAAGUCUUUGUUUUUUAACACGAUAAUUUACAAUUUAGAAGUGAAAUAUAUAUUUUUUUGUAUAACAUUUGAAAAUGGUGUAGUAGUUUAAAAUUAUUUAAAAACAAAUCAAAACAUAUUGAAGAAGUAAAGUGCUGCUGCAGUUUUUUUUUAACAUAGAUUAUUAUUUUUUUUUUUUUUUUGUUCUUUUGAAAAUUACUUUUCUUAUUUAGAAAAUUUAGUAAAAGAAAAACAACGGUAAUUUUUGCUUUAAACAACAAAACUCGAUAUAAAAAGGAAUUAUUAUUAAAAAAUUAUAUAGGAUUUAAUUUUUAUUCUUUUCUUGAAAAAAUCAAAAAAAAAAAAAAAAAAAAAAAAAAACAA